AUGGAAGAACAAGAAGAGGGCAAAGUUAUGGAAAAGGGGUGCAAGGAAACUCCGGUUCGAGUUUACGCUGAUGGGAUUUAUGAUCUCUUUCAUUUCGGCCAUGCCCGUUCGCUUGAGCAAGCCAAGAAAUCGUUUCCAAACACUUAUCUUCUUGUUGGAUGCUGCAAUGAUGAGACCACCCAUAAGUAUAAGGGCAAAACUGUUAUGACUGAAAAGGAACGCUAUGAAUCUCUUCGCCACUGCAGGUGGGUUGAUGAAGUUAUUCCAGAUGCGCCAUGGGUAAUCACUAAGGAGUUCCUUGACAAGCAUCAAAUUGACUAUGUAGCACAUGAUAGUCUUCCUUAUGCUGAUGCAAGUGGAGCCGGAAAGGAUGUGUAUGAAUAUGUUAAGUCUAUUGGAAAAUUUAAGGAAACCAAGCGGACUGAAGGAAUUUCUACCUCUGAUAUUAUAAUGAGAAUUAUCAAAGAUUAUAAUCAAUAUGUAAUGCGAAAUUUGGACCGUGGUUAUACAAGAAAGGAGCUAGGUGUCAGCUAUGUCAAGGAGAAGAGGUUGAGAAUGAACAUGGGACUUAAAAAAUUGCAGGAGAGGGUGAAGAAACAACAAGAGGAAGUGGGAAAGAAGAUCCAAACGGUGGGAAAAAUUGCUGGAAUGCACCCUAAUGAAUGGGUUGAAAAUGCAGAUCGAUUGGUCGCUGGAUUUCUUGAGAUGUUUGAAGAAGGCUGCCACAAAAUGGGAACAGCAAUCAGAGACAGAAUACAAGAACGAUUAAGGGCACAACAGCUGAAAUCUCUUCUUUAUGAUGAGUGGGAUGAUGAUGCAUUCUAUGAUGAUGAAUACUACACCGACUAUAGUGGCAAAUAA